AAUAAUGUCAGUGAACACAAUGUUUUAAUCUUUGAAACCUAUUAAUUUAUGGUCAAAGUGUUAAAAAAAUAAUAAUACUUAAAAUUAAACAAUUGUUAUAGCGUGAAAACCAUGAGUUUUGAAAACCAAUAAGCCAUAUCACAUUUUAACAUAAUAUAUCUAGUGGUAGCAAGUUGAUCGUCUCGAACACACAAGAUUUUUUUAUCUGUUGGGACUUUUCGAUCGGAGAGUUCUGAAGUUUGACUUGAGUGAAAUGGAGAAUGCAUCAGAAGAACCACCUCUGCAGCAGAGGAUACAGCAGCAGCAGAUGAUGAUAGAGCACCAGCGUCAGGAGGAGCUGCUGAGACUGCAGCAGACAGCGCUGGUGGAGAAGCAGCGAGAGGACCAGGAGCGACAGAUGAUGCAGAGACGACAGGAUGAGGAGUUGUACCGUCUGCAGCAGGAAGCACUCAUGGAGAAGCAGAGAGAGGAGGGAGCUAUGAGAAUGAACAUGAGCGGGCCGCCACACACGUCCGUGCCCCCUCCACCACCUGCCAUGUCUAUGCCUGGGCCACCGGGGCAGAUGCUGCCCCCAGGCGUCGACGUGUCGGCCCCUCCCCCGACCGGCAUGACCGCGGUGCCCCCCUUGGCCGCACCCCCGCCGCAGAUGAGGGUCCCCCCACCACCUGCCGUCGCCAUGCCGCCUCCGCCCGGGAUGGAGCCAAUGGCAAUGGGACCACCACCCUCUAUGGGGCCAGGUCCAUCUGGUAUUGAGCCGGAGGUUGAUGGAGAACCGAAGCCUCCCCAAGUCUUGAUGUCGCCGGAAAUGUCCGAAGAAAUGAUGGACGUCAAGCUGCCCAUAGCUCUUGAGCAAGCUCUUGCAUUCAAGACCCAGAGGGCAAGGCAGGUUGGCGUUGCACCGGAGGAUCUCGACUCGUUAGGUGAUCACAAAAACAUACCAGAACCACCUCCAGCCCCUGUCAUCAGUCGUUCAGGCCUUGACAGUAUCUAUGACAUGGAUGACGACGACGAUGAUGAACCUGUAUCAUCUCGUGGCUCGGGCCAUCAGGCUGAAAAGGAAAAGAAGAACAGGCGUAAGAAGAAGAAAAAGAAGCGCGCCCGUCACCAACAGAAACUAGAAGAGAAAAAUAAUGAAAAGCUAAGGAAGAAAACGUCAGAGACUGCAGAGAACGAACCAGAAGUUGAAAUCGAAUACAUUCAAGAGACGCUGGGUAUUCAUGAAUUGGAGCCAAUGUAUCGUCAGUUUGCCCGUAUAUUCGAAACAUUCCGAAUCUCUGAGCCAGUGAAGGUAGAAGAAAAUGCUCCAAAGGAGCCAGUGAAGGAACCUGUCCGAGAGCCUCUUGAAUUCAAGAAAGUUCCCAAGCUGGAAGAUGAAUACGAUGAUGAUUUAGAUGAAGAUGAAAAGAAGCAGGAGGCGGGGAAGACCAAGUUGUCGAAGCGCAAGCUGAAGAGGCUGACGCGCCUGAGCGUGGCGGAGCUGAAGCAGCUGGUGGGCCGCCCCGACGUGGUGGAGAUGCACGACGUGACGGCCCGCGACCCCAAGCUGCUGGUGCAGCUCAAGGCCCACAGGAACACCGUGCCCGUGCCGCGCCACUGGUGCUUCAAGAGGAAGUAUCUGCAAGGAAAGCGAGGUAUAGAGAAGCCUCCGUUCGACCUGCCGGACUUCAUCAAGAAGACCGGCAUCAUGGAGAUGCGCGCUGCUCUGCAAGAGAAAGAGGACCAGCGCACUCUCAAGGCCAAGAUGAGGGAGCGAGCCCGACCUAAACUUGGCAAGAUAGACAUCGACUACCAGAAGCUGCACGAUGCCUUUUUCAAGUGGCAGACCAAACCUCGAAUGUCCAUCCACGGGGACUUGUACUACGAGGGCAAGGAGUUUGAGACGCGGCUGAAAGAGAAGAAGCCCGGCGACUUGUCGGACGAGCUGCGCACUGCCCUGGGGAUGCCGACGGGCCUGAGCGCACACAAGGUACCCCCGCCGUGGCUCAUCGCCAUGCAGCGGUACGGACCUCCCCCGUCCUACCCCAACCUCAAGAUUGCCGGCCUGAACGCUCCCAUCCCGGAAGGAUGUUCUUUCGGCUACCACGCCGGUGGGUGGGGCAAGCCCCCGGUGGAUGAGACGGGACGACCUCUGUACGGAGACGUGUUCGGUUUGACAGGACAAGACCAGCAGAUGAACAGUGCCGAUGAAGAAGUCGAUCGCUCAAUCUGGGGUGAGCUCGAGUCCGAGUCAGAAGAGGAGAGUGAAGAGGAAGAAGAGGAUGAUGAUGAAGAAGGAGGAGGAAAGGAGGAUGAGACAGGGUUGGUCACUCCAGCAGAAGGGCUCAUCACUCCCUCUGGCAUAACAUCAAUUCCUGCAGGCAUGGAGACACCAGAGAUCAUCGAACUGCGUAAGAGGAAGAUUGAAAGUGAGAUGGAAGGGGGAGAGACGCCCGCCCUGUACCAAGUGCUGCCGGAGAAGAGGCUGGACCGCGUGGGCGGUGCGAUGAUGGCCUCCACGCACAUCUACGACAUGGCAGGCGGCACGGGGGUCCCGGCGGGGGCGGCCCCCCCGCGGCGCGUGGGCCCCGAGGGCGGGGGCACGGUGGAGCUGGCCCUGGACCCCUCGGAGCUGGACCUGGUGGACACGGAGGCCAUGGCCGUGCGCUACGAGCAGCAGAUUCGCGAGCAGCAGUCGCAGCUGCAGAAGGAGGAUCUGUCGGACAUGCUGGCAGACCAUGUCGCUCGCCAGAAGAACAAAAGAAAGCAACGCCAGCAGCAUCAAGACAACAAGCAAGCAAAAAAAUACAAAGAAUUCAAGUUUUAAGGUGUAUUUAACAUUUGUAAUUAUUUCUGUUUAAAACCUAUGGUAGCCAGUAUUGUUUGCUUUUUGUAAAAAAAAAAAAAAAAAGUCAAAACUU